CGUACGAAAAACAGAUUUUCUCAAUCUUCAUUGCUAGGGUUUCUCUUUAUAUCCCUCUCUCGCUUUGCGCAUACGCUUCAUACACCUACUUUUUAAUCUAUACUGAUCCUAAUUCCGAUUAAUUUUUAUUUUCGAUUUGCCGAUUUCCGGAUUUUUCUUGUUUUUACUGUCAAAUUAUCGCGACUCUGAUCGGAAAAAGGAUGCCACCGAGAUCGACGAAGAAAACUCCGCCGGGGCCCGGGAGCAAGAGAGCUCUGCGGGGACGGGCGGCUUCCGCAGCUGCUGCGGCUGCUGCUGCGGCGGCGGAGAAUGCGCAGGCUCAGGCCCUGCCUGAGGUACCAACCGUGAAAUUGGAGGAGAUUGAGUUUGCGGAGGAAGGAAAGCCGCCGGAGCAGGAGAAGCCCCGCGCUGAGGAGAGAGUUGCGCUAGAGACCGUGGAGGCUUCUGUGAAGACUGCAUACUCUUGCUCUGGAAAGAAAGCAGUGGCUAAGUAUAGUCUGUAUGACAGCUGGUAUUUUAGGUGUUUUUUUAUUUCUACAUCUACGGGCUGAAGAGCAGUAAAAGGAUAAAACUUUAGAUACAGAUUAUUAAAUCCGAUAGUUCUCUAUGCUGUAGUAUUAAUGAUCGAAGGUUCUAGCAUUUUCAUAUGCGCCAUGUACGUAAGGAGGAUCAUUUGCUGAUGAUUAGUACCAUAAGACUUCUUUUAUGGUUCUAAUGUUACUGACUAUUAUGGCUGGGACAUAAUAUCUGCAUCAUUUUUGUGGUUCAAAUUAGUUGACUUUCCUUUGGAUGAUGCGACUUUCCUGUUUUAUCCGGCAGAGGAUGAAGAUCCUAAAGAGUCCAGUAGAUGAGUAUGAGAAAGAUGAGCGAUUAGACUUGGAGGAUAAUGAUCCUGAAUAUGAACCUGAAGAGUAUGGUGGUGUAGAUUAUGAUGAGAAGGAAAUUGAGCCAGAUCUGCACGAAGAUGUAGGUGAGGUGGAGGAAGAUCCUGAAGAAUUGGAUGUUGGUGAAGAAGAGGGUGAUGUGGUUGAGGAGGAAAUGGAUGGUAUGCAUGAAGAACUUGAACAUGAGGAAGAUGACGAGCAUGUAGGGCAGGAGCAAACUGAGAUGGGUUAUGCUGCUGAGGAAGAAGAGCAUCAUGAAGUAUUCAAAGAGAGACGUAAGCGGAAGGAAUUUGAAAUUUUCGUUGGGGGAUUGGAUAAGGAUGCUACUGAGGCUGAUCUUAGGAAAGUUUUCAGUGAUGUUGGUGAGGUUACUGAAGUCAGACUUAUGAUGAAUCCACAAACAAAGAAGAAUAAAGGAUUUGCAUUCUUGCGUUUUGCAACGGUGGAACAAGCAAGACGAGCUUGUGCUAGUCUGAAAAAUCCAGUGGUUUGUGGCAAGCAAUGUGGUGUGACACCAAGCCAAGACAGUGAUACCCUGUUUUUAGGUAACAUAUGCAGGUCAUGGACAAAAGAAGCUUUGAAAGAAAGGUUAAAGCAUUACGGCCUUGAGAAUGUUGAGGAUUUGACACUGGUUGAAGAUAGUAACAAUGUAGGGAUGAAUCGGGGUUUUGCCUUCUUAGAGUUCUCCUCGAGAUCUGAUGCUAUGGAUGCUUUUAAGCGUCUUCAGAAGAGGGAUGUUGCUUUUGGAGUUGAUAGGCCAGCUAAGGUUUCCUUUGCAGAUUCCUUCAUUGACCCUGGUGAUGAGAUCAUGGCCCAGGUUAAGACUGUGUUUGUGGAUGGUCUUUCUGCUUCUUGGGACGAGGAACAUGUCAAGGAACUUCUCAAAAAAUAUGGGGAGAUUGAGAAAGUUGAGCUUGCCCGUAAUAUGCCAUCUGCCAGGAGAAAGGAUUUUGGUUUCGUCACAUUUGAUACCCAUGAUGCAGCAGUAACUUGUGCUAAAAGCAUCAACAAUGAGGAAUUGGGUGAAGGCGCAAGCAAGGCCAAAGUCAGAGCCAGAUUGUCUAGACCGCUUCAGAGAGGCAAAGGAAAACAUGUUGCCAGAGGAGAUUUUCGACCAGGGCGCGGGUCAGUUCGAAGUGCUAGGAGUCCUUGGAGCCGCCCACUACCACGUGCUAUCCCUGUUCGUGCUCCCAGAAUCCCUCCUCGUCUUCCUCCUGUUGUCGACCGUAGCUUCAGAAGACCUGUUGCCAUGCGAGAGAGGAGACCAGUUAUGGCUGUUCCUCAAAAGGCCAGGCCUGUUGCUCCCUUGCCAAGGUCAUAUGAUAGGAGGCCCCCUGUUCCAUCAUACCCCAAGAGUGGUUUGAAGAGGGAUUAUGGUCAUAGGGAGGAGCUUAGCUCCAGAAGUAGGGCUGCUGCUAUAGAUUAUAAUUCUAGACCAACUUCAGAUAGACGCGCUCCCUACAGAGAUGAUUAUCCUCCUCGUCCAUCCGGCUACCCUGAUAUGCCUAGAGGUGGUGCAGCAAGAUCUACGGGAAGAAGAACUUAUGAUGAUGAUGAGUACAAUGAAAGAUAUGAAAGGCCACCUCCGUCUUACCAUGAGGGACGUGGGCGUGAGUAUGAUUCUAUGUCUGGGUCCAAACGCCCAUAUGCUGCAGUGGAUGACGUUCCUCCUCGGUAUACUGAGGCCGGAAUGCGCCAUUCUCGUGCUCGUUUGGACUAUGAUCUUGGCAGCAGUGCUUCCCGCUACAAUGAUGCUUACAGUGACAGGCUUGGAAGGUCAAAUAUGGGAUAUGGGGGAAGCCGAAGCUCUAUGUCUAGUCAAGAUUCCCACGGGCUUUACAGUAGUCGUCAGAGUAUGGGAUACAGUGGAGGUCCUUAUGGUGGUAGUGAUGUUGGUCGGAUGUACUCAUCAAACUUUGGUGGUGAUUACAUGUCGCGAGGAAGUGAUGUUGGUGGCAGUUCUUACUCAUCUGUCUAUCCCGGACGUGGUAUGGGUGGUAGCAGCUACAUGGGAAGUAGUGGUUCUGGUUCAUACUAUUAAGGUAUGCAACCAGGUUGUCUUUCGUCCAGUUACAUGCACACACAUAUUGAUAUCUUUUAUAUAUUCCAUGCUAUUUUGCUGCUAAAUUAGAUAGUUCUGGUAAAUCUGUAGAAGGUUGUGGUAUUCUAAUUGUGGGUUGCUUGUAGUAUCAUAAUGCUACCUGAAGCUAUAGUUUAUGCAUCAUCUUGCCUAAGUGUUGCACUCGAGAGAAUUGGAGGAAUGUGAUUACUCUUAACUUGUGUAUGGCAGUGAGUGGAAUUGAAAGGAUGCAGCUGUAGGAUGUGGAUUGUCUGAAGUUUGAAAUCAGUCCUCACCAUCAAGUUGAAGCAUUAUUUGGACAUGAAAAAUGCCUUCAUGGCUUUGGAAGGGAGACUCAAGUACAGCUUUAUAGCAAUUAGGUGCUCUUGACCUCCUUUAAGACCUGGUGUGGGUUUAUGUGAUCCUGUUUAUUGUAUGUAUGCUGUAAGGAUUCAGAACAUAAGGAGACAUCUUCAGCAUGUCAUAUUUUAUAAUAAUGUGUUUUCCAACUGUCUCCCUAUUAUUUCAUGUGAAAGAAAUGGAAAGAAACUUUAUCGGUUC